AUGGCGUUAUCUCCGCGCGCGGGUCCGGACCCGAUUCUUGGCCGUCGCCGGCUUCCUCCUCCUCUUCCUCCGCCGCCGCCACCGCCAGCGUCGCGACAGCACCAGCAACAGAAACAGCAUAUAUUUCUGACGGGAAAGCCUAAUAGGCCGUCACCGGCGAUCAAAAGGAGCAAAAAGGCUUGCACGGAGUGUAGACAGCAGAAGGCAAAAUGCAAUGCGUACUUGACCCCCGAUCAGCCGUGCACGCGGUGCUCGAAGCUGAAUAUUCAAUGUGUGAUUUCGGAUCCCUUUCGCCGAGAGCAUAAGCGCAAGCGCCUCUCGGAGCUGGAGCAGGAGACGGACGAGCUGCGACAGAGAUUACGAUUUACGCAGCCCAACAAUGAUAAUGACCCCAGACCGUCGCCGAUCGCUAUGUUGACGGCCGCGGCGGAGAUGGAGGGUCACUCGGUCCCUACUAGUGGGGGGGAAUUGACGCUGGCUCCGGAUUCACAGACGCCGUCGGUUGAGAGCCAACAGCCGCUGCUCUCGUCGAUUAAUCCCAGGCCGUUGGAUCUGGACCUGGGAGUGGGAGUAGUACGCGCGUUGGAUCCCACGGAGGCAAGGUCCCUCAAUAAUGUGCACUUGACAGGGUGUGAGGUGGAUGAGUUGUUUCGGAUAUUCUUUCACCAGUAUGCGUCGUUUCUUCCUAUCCUGGAUGCCCAGACUACGCCGAAUGCAACCUACACGCAGUCUCCGUUUCUCUUCUGGGCAAUCGUCGCCGUCGCGUCCAGGACGUACCCCCAAAAUCCGACGUUGUUGAUGGCUCUCUCGCGGAGUGUGGUCGAGAUGGCCUUUCUGUCGAUCGGGUCGGGGGGUUCGGCGUGGUGCAUCAUCCAGGGAAUGCUGCUCAUUCAAACGUGGCCGUUUCCCAAGGAUGUCAACGCGACGGACGUCACGUUCCCGAUGAGCGGCAUGCUUCUACAUAUUGCCAUGCAGCAUGGGAUACACAUCCCCAUGUCCAGCAAUGAGUUUCUGAAGAGGAAGAGACUGCCUGCCCCGUCAGAAGCGGAGAUGACUAGGCGCUCCGAGCUCUGGGCACAUUGUGUUAUUGUCUAUCAGCGUGCAUGUGUGACAAAGGGACACCCCCCGCGCGCUCUGAUGGACCUGGAGCCGGAUGGAGACCUGAAGCGGAUGCUAUUCCAGCGAGUCUCUCCGUCGCUGGCACUCGAGUUGAAAUGCGAGGACCUGAUUACCCGGUGUAGCGCGGCUGUGCUCGAGUUCGGCGUGCGGACCCUGUCCCUCGACCAGGAGAAGUCGUUCGAUAUUCUCUUACGGGCAUUUGAUUCCCAGGCGGUUGACCUAGAGGCUCAGGCGAUGUCUGCCUAUGAUCGUUUCUCUACGGCAAUGUGUCGUCUCAGCAUCCAGAUCUUCCACCUCUUCCGAAAUACCAGUUCAUUCUCGGCCGGAUGCCUCGCGCAGCUUCUGAGCACAGCUUGUAACACCAUCGAUUCCAUCCAUAACCUGGGGCAAAGCAUGGCCAACAUGGCCACCGCGCCGAUGCAGGUGAACUACGCGUUGCUCCUGGCCUCCGCCGCCCUACUGCGGAUCCUGAAAGGGCCCCAGUGGGCAACCAUGGACGUCGACAAGGCCAGGUCGUCGUUCUUCAGCACAAUCAACCUGGCCCGGCAGAUGUCUGUGGACACGUAUGACAUCGCAGCCAAGAUGGCCAUUGUGAUGAACCAGCUGUGGAACAGCACGCGGGCGUUCCGCAAGUCUGAUGGGAGUGAAUAUGUAGCUCUUCGGAUUCGCAGUCGUCUGGUUCUCAGCCCCGUCAUCGAUACGGUCUGGUGGUGGCGGGAUGAGUUCGAUCCGCAAUUCUAUAACAUGCCAAGUGGUCAGAAUAACAUAGCAGACGGAGUCGAUGCGAGUCGAGACAACCCUGGGUCUCAGGGAAAUGCACCUGGGGCUGCUGUCGAUCGACCGGAUUUCUCAUAUUUCGACGAGCAGUUUGAGGCGGACUUCGAAUGGGCAUUGACGGACGAAGUGCUCUAUGGCCACUUGGAUACGAACCGGUCUGCAGUGUAG